UCCAGCUUGAAAAAACACAUUGGGAGAUGCACGACAUUAAAGUUAAAAAGAGAAGCUGCAAUAAAGGCAGAGAAGACCAUGUCUAAGAGCACAUAUGAAGAAGAGGAGGAGGAUGAGCAUCUCCCCAAGACUGGGAUAUCAAAGCAAGAUCCCAAUACUUCAGAGGUAGCCAUGACAGAAGAUGGGACUGCGGAGCAGUUUGAGUUUCAGUAUGGACUGGAGGGACCAACAUUUAAGAAUGAGAAUGGGGAGUGUUCCAAGAGCCAUCUGUCCAUCAUCAAAGUGGAACAACUGGACCCCCUUCUCCCUGAACAAAAUAACUCCAGCUGUGAUUCUGGGUCACCUGGGGAUCCUGGCUCAUCUGGCUUUGGGUCCAAUAUGAGUCCAGCUGCACAGUUCUUCAGGAAGUGCCACCAGGCAGGCUGCACACAGUUAAUCUUCUCUGAGUUUGCCUCCCGUCUCAACACUAUCACUGAGAGGAUUUCAUCCCAGCAGGCCAGCGAAGAAGAUUUCAACCUCACCCUGAAAGUGCUGGAGGCCUCUGGGAUGCUGCCAGAGAUAUUUGCAAAGAGAGACCAAGAAAUGGAGAAGAGACUGAAGGAUCUGCAGAGAGAGAUUGAAGCGGUGAGGACUGCCAGGUCUGCCAUGAGAGAUGCCUGUGUCGUGAGCUUCACCCCAUCAUGACGGAUCACUGCUGAAGAUAAAAGCAGUUUUAUAAGACGUUAUAACUAGGGCCUGGAGUUUUCCCUGACCAGACUAGGAAUGUAUAGGACCUGAAGGUUUCCUGGUCCGAUCAUGUGGACAGGAAAAACCUCACACCCCAGUUUUAGUAGAAUGUAAAUAUUUGAAACCUUUUAUAUUUGCCAUAUUUUUCUACCUUCGUGUUCAAACAUUUUAACUCCGAUAUUUGAAAAAGUUUGUUGUACCCUGGCUACUGAGAUGGGUGAUAUUAUACUUGAAGUGAGCAAUAGGCGAUAUAAUCUUGUGACAUAUAUUGGUUCUGGGUUCCAAGGUUAUUGGCGUUGUAUUGAUGUUAGUAGGUGAUCUUUUGUGUCCAUCUGUGCUAUGUACUUUGUGCUUACUAACCCUUCACAGGUUAAAUAUGUCCUUAUACAGUAUGUGUGAACCACUGUAUGGUUACUGUAAGACAUUCAUUUGGAAUACACUGUAAUAUAGCAUACUUGAGGAAAGUUGAACGCAUUAAACUUCUUAUGUAAA